AGAAGCUCAGCAGCGGCUUUGUGAUUUUCCCUCUCUACCUCUCUGUCUCUGUCAUCAUGGCAGAUGAGAACGUCCCGCCCGGCAUUACGGAAAAGCAAGAUGAGAUCAUCCAGUACGUGGCGAAAUACGUGGUGAACUCGUGUGACGGUGCCCGCUACCAAGAGAAGAUACGCACGCGUACCAAGUACAACUCGUACUUCGCGUUUCUCGAUGCGAAGCACCCUUACCACCACUACUACCAAUACCUGCUAGACUCCUACCGCUACUACCUUCUUAACAGCGCGGCGGUGAACGCUGGCGGUUGGGGAGACGGUGGCGAGGCCGCACCGCAGCAGCAGCAACAACAAUUCACAGAAGAGGAGUACUAUCAAUACUACGGCGCCUACCAAGGCCAGACCGGCGGGAUUGGGUUCCAGACCGGGGAAGAGGAGGUGGCAAGCGGCUCCUAUUCGACCUCGAACGCGCAGGAGACCUCGUUGCGUCCGCCACGGCAGGACGACGUGUCGGCCGCUCCCAACAGCGGCUACGCUACGGCGAGUGCGACUGGUGGUGCCUCGGCCGUUGGCAACGCCGCGUCUGCUGUGGGAGGUCAAGGCGAGGCGAACGCGACGGGGGCUGCGCCGGUCAGCACUGGUGAGGCGGGCGCCGAGGAAGACGAAGAAGAGUACGAGUUGGUGAUGGAGAACGGGGAGUGGGUGUCGCGCAAGAGAAGCUGA